AUGAAGAAGGCGGCGGCGUCACCGGCGCCAGCGGCGACGGUGGUCCUGGCGGUGGCGGCCCUGCUCCUCUCCUCGGCGGUGGCGGCCGUCUCCGGGCAGCAGCAGCCGAAGCAGACGGCGGACAACAACCCGCGGCUGCAGAAGGCGUACGUGGCGCUACAGGCGCUGAAGCGGUCGAUCACGGAGGACCCCAAGAACCUGACGACGAACUGGUGCGGCCCGGACGUGUGCGCCUACUUCGGCGUGUACUGCACAACGGCGCCGGACGACCCUCACUCCCAGACCGUGGCCGGCCUCGACCUCAACCACGGCGACCUGGCGGGGACGUUCCCGGAGGAGCUAGGCCUACUCUCCGACCUCGCGCUGCUCCACCUCAACUCCAACCGCUUCUCCGGCACCCUCCCGGAGUCCCUCCCCAAGCUGCGGCUCCUCCACGAGCUGGACGUCAGCAACAACCGCCUGACCGGCGGGUUCCCGCAGCACAUCCUGUGCCUGCCCAACGUCAAGUACGUCGACCUCCGGUUCAACAAUCUCUGCGGUCCGGUGCCGCCGGCGCUCUUCGACAAGCCGCUCGACGCCAUCUUCCUCAACGACAACCACUUCGACUUCGAGCUCCCCGAGAACCUCGGCAACUCGCCGGCGUCGGUGGUGGUGCUCGCCAACCUGCGCCUGCGCGGGUGCAUCCCGCCGAGCGUGGCGCGGAUGGCGGGCACGCUCAACGAGCUCGUCGUCCUCAACGCCGGGCUGCGGUCCUGCAUCCCGCAGGAGGUGGGGUGGUUACGUGAGCUCACCGUGCUGGACCUCAGCUUCAACGAGCUCCAGGGCAUGCUGCCGGAGUCCUUGGCCGGGCUGCACAAGCUCCAGCAGCUCGACGUCGCGCACAACGAGCUGUGGGGGCAUAUCCCUGAGGGCGUCUGCGCGCUGCCCAGCCUCAGGAACUUCACCUACUCGUACAACUACUUCUGCACCGAGCCGCAGCGGUGCCUCGACAUCCGCCGCGUCGACGACCGCCAGAACUGCAUCGCCGGACGGCCCGACCAGCGGCCCACCGACCAGUGCCUCGCCUUCCUGCACCGCCCGCCCGUGCACUGCGACGAGCACGGCUGCUUCGGGCCGCCGACGCACUACUAG